AUGAAGUGGAACUCUGCAGCUACUCUCGCUCUUCUUGCACCUAGCAAUGUGCUUGCAUUGCUUCGAUUCCCAUGUGCUCAGCUGGUCAUAGACCGCCUUGACCCAUUGGUCAACCCAGGCCAAGCACCGUCCCCACAUCUUCAUCAGAUUCUAGGAGGAAAUGCUUUCAAUACCACCAUGGAUCCGUCGAAAGACAUGCCCAAGGAGUCGACUUGCACAUCUUGCCAAUUCAGCGAGGACUUUUCCAACUACUGGACAGCCGUUCUAUACUUCAAGGCGAAGAAUGGCACGUACAAGCGUGUACCACAAAUUCCGAACUCUGGAUUCGAAGGUGUCAACGGUGGUAUGACAGUUUACUACAUGCAGGACGGUCUUUACAACUUCCAGCAAACAUCCAAGGUCACAGCUUUCAAGCCAGGCUUCCGCAUGUACAUUGGAGAUGUCAAUGCCAGGACAAAAGAGCAGAUGGAGAAAUUCAGGCAGCUCACCUACACCUGUCUCGAGAACAUCAACACUCGUGACCCUCAAACACUCGAUUUCCCGACCAAGCCUUGCAAGACUGGCAUCAUGACUGCUCUUCGUUUCCCAACUUGCUGGGAUGGCAAGAACUUGGACUCGCCCGAUCACAUGGCUCAUAUGGCCUACCCCGAAUCCGGUACCUUUGAGUCUGGUGGGCCAUGCCCUGCCAGCCAUCCAGUUCGGAUGCCCCAGCUCUUCUAUGAGGUGAUUUGGGACACUUCGAAGUUCAACAACAAGGCUGAUUGGCCUGCCGAUGGAUCGCAACCAUUCGUCUGGAGCUUUGGUGAUGGCACCGGCUAUGCCAAUCAUGCAGGUGAUUAUCUCUUCGGGUGGCAAGACGACUCUCUCCAGCGUGCCAUGGACUCGCCAUGCUACCAGAACUGCCCUACCCUUAAGACUCAGAACGCUCAAGCAAUGAACAAGUGCACCGUGAAGCGCCGUGUCAAUGAGGAUAUCGACAGCUGGGUUAAGGAGCUUCCUGGAGGUCAUCAGGCGAACUAUCGCAAGUAG